AUGUCGCUCAACGCGCCGUCGCGCUUCCUCUUCAACAACCGGCAAGACAUGAGUCUCCUCACGGGGUAUCAAGAUAUCAAGUUCAACUUGGGCGCGGACGGGUACGUCUCGUGGUUCAACUCGGUCGUGUACAUUCCGCCGGUGCCGCUCACACUGUCGUUUGCGCGCGUCUGGUUUACCUUUGACGGCAACUUGAGCCUCCACGACUUGGAGAUCCGAAAGACAGUGCUUCUCACGCUGCUCCAAGCGGCUGCUGGUGCAUUCAGCUAUACCUCGGACGUGGCCAGCGUGCACUCGUCGCUUCGCGAUGCGAAUGCGUACGGGAGCUUCAACGUCUCGUUCCGUCUCUACGCACUCUCCGACUCGAUGCCGGCGCCCGCGACGACGUUAUACAAUGCGACGUUGCUCGCCCAGCUCGGCGCGGUCUUUGCCCCAACCCGGUCGUCCUCCGAGCCGACAGUCACGCUCACGUCGCCCUUCUUUGACGUCAACGUGCAGUAUUAUGACGCGAACCCUGUCCCGCUCAACACGUACGACGCGUUCUUCUUUCAGCGCAUCAAGCUCGCGAUCGCAUCGAAUCUCGGGUGGAACUCGACCAGUCGCAUCAUCACGGGACCCGUCACCAAGGCCAGUGGCAGCUACUUGGUGAUUGUCACGAUGCAUCUCCAGCUCAACGCGACCAUGGACCGCAUGGUGCUCUCAGGGCCGCUGCAGACGACGCUCGUGAAUCAUCUCAAGCGCAACGGGGUCGGCGACGAGUUUGAUUCGGUCGUGCUCAACCUCGGCGCGGACGGCUUUGUGGUGCCGCUGAGCUUUUACCAAGCGAGCGUGGUCGAGACACCGCCCGAUGCGAUCUCACCGAACGAGUAUCUGCGCGUGACGGUCUCGUUUGCGAAUGUAACGCUCGCAACGCUCACGCAGUGGCUGCCGACGUUGACGACAGUGCUGGGCUACCACGUCGGCGCGAACGCGACGCAGAUCUAUGACAUUCACACCACCGCGCCGUCGGCCGCGCAGGCCGCGUACUACGAGGCGCGUCUGUUGUUGUUUGCGGGCGAAAACGACACGCAGCAGACGACGGACAUGACGUCGGCGCUGGUCAACCCGACGGUCAUCACCGCCGUCGUAGCGGCAUCGCCGGGCUUGCCGCCGUUUGGACUCGUCGGCGUCGAGCGCUCGACCGCGCUGGCACCGGUGGCCGCGCCCAUUGGCCCGUACGUCUUCUUGUACUUGACCUUGUACCAAGAGUCGUCCAUUGCGUACUCGGCGCUCGACUAUGCGCGCAUCAAGCUCGCCGUGGCUGCUGCGUCUGGCAUUCCGUCGAACGCGAUCUCGCUGCUCAAGCUCUACAAGCCGUUCAACUCGAACGCGAUGCAGUGGACCUUCCAGCUGCCACUGACCGACGGCUCCAACGUGGGACGUAAUGCGGUCCAGACGCAAGUCCAGCUCGGUCUUCCGCAGUCGCUCGCAGCCGUUCAGUGGCCGACGAACCAGACGAUCUUGGGCAUCCAGCUCAACUUGUAUGCGGACGGCUACACCACGUACGAAGUGACGUCGUCGGGCGACCUCUUCAUUCCGCGCCAGUCGUACCCGUUGCUCAACGGCAGCUUUGUGCACGUGACGCAGCCGUCGCCGCCGUGCAAUGCGCUCUUCUGUCUCCGGCUCGCGUUCACAUCGGCGUUUGUUGAGAUGCCGUUCGUUCUCCGGUCGUACGAGACGAAGCGUCCGCUCUUCUCCAAUGCGUUUGCGCCAGGGGCCGUCGCGCCUAUCAUCGAUGCGGGCAAUGCGACCGUGUGGCAGAUUUGGCCGUCGGCCGACUCGAACCCGUCGCGGAUCGAUGUCGUUCUGCACUUGACGCCGCCGACGUCCUUCCAGAAUGCCUCUGACGACCUCGUUGUGCGCGUCAUUGCCCAGUACGAACGGAUCUCCUGA